AUGGGAGACGCAGCUCGCCUGUCUCCGAACUGGCGCGGCAGUCCGCCGGAGGAGGGCGCGAGUCGGCGAGGCUCCGUCCGCGCGCAAGUCGAGGAGGUUGAAGAGCGUCAGCGCGCCAUUGAGCAGCAGCGCAGGGACCGGGAAGAACGAGCUGCGUCCUCGCGAGGGAGCGCCGCUCGCUCGAGUGCCAGGUGGACGCGGUCGCCAGGCUCGGCGGACUCUGGUCACCUCUCCCCGUUGCCUCCCGCAGGGGGCUGCGGCGGCGGAGAGCCGCAGGGACGGGGCGGCGCGCAGGCGACGUGCUCGGAGGGGGCGGGGUCUGAGUCUCCGAGGUCUCUUUCGCAGGCGCGCCAGCGGGGACGGCGAGGCUCGGGAGCCCGCUCAGAGGAGUCCACCGCCGUCGAGCUGCCUUCGCCUCACGGCGCGGAGGAGGACGUCGGCGACGAGGCCUUUGGACAGCCGGCAGACGGAGAGGAUGGGCCUCCCCACGCGGAGCGACGCGCAGAAGCCUGCGUCAUUGAAAUGCCUGGGUGCAGCGAGCGCGGCGAAGAACGACGCGCGGAGUCUCCGCCCACCUCCUCGUCCCUGUCCCCUCUCGCGCGCCAGAGCCGAGACGGGCGCGGAGGAGGCCAUCAGGGCGGCGGAAGAGACCUUCAUUCUGGCGACGCAGGCGAGAGGGCGCCCGCUGGCGUCGAUCUCUGUGGAGACGAGCCCACGAGGCGCAGCGAGUCGCCGGCGCGUCACCGCCGGCCGUCUCGAGAGAGACGAGAGCCCAGCAGCAGCGGCAAGAGUGGGAAGAAACGCAGACACGCCCCCUCGGCCGUCGUGCCUGGAUCUUCGGCGGAUGCCGCGAAGGAAGCCAAGCCAUCGAGUAGGAAUACCGUGGCCGCAGCUCUGAGCGGCUGGGAGCUGAGAUGCAGGGACGUCAUGGGGGUCGUGUUCCACCCGUUCGUUGACCGGCAGAAAGGCUUUCCGAUGCGAGGGAAACUUCUCGUCACUUACACCACCAGUGCGGUGAUUCUCUUUGUCUUUCUUCAAGAACUCGUUGUCAACAUCACCACCUUCAACGGGCGAUGCAUCUCUCCCGUCAUCUACCCCUCCUACGACGCUCCCCCAGACGAGCGUAUGCCCCGCGUCAUCAGUUUCGGCUAUGGCGCGUGCGAACACAAUCUCGGCGGCUCCGCGUUCCCCCACUCCGACUCCAGCGCGGGGGGGGAGGGCGACGCGGCCGCCGCCGCCGGCGACGGAGGCGAGUCGCAAGGGACGAGUCCGCGACCGACGAUCAGGCGCUGCGCCAGCGGCUCCUGCGCGAGCGACCGCGGAUGGCCAAGCUCCCUCGUGCGCAGAGGAGACGCCCUGGAGUACGCCGCCUCCUUCGACUCGCCGAACGCUCGUGUGUUCACUCCGCUUGGCGGUCUGGACACCAACAAAAUUCGAAACUACGGGGAAGUUUUCCGCGUGUUUUGGUCGAUGAACCUCCACGGUGGCUGGAUUCAUCUCCUCGUCAACCUCCUCUGCCAGGUGCAGACUCUCUGGAUCAUCGAGCCUGCUUGGGGGUUUCUGCGCACGUUGCUGCUCUGGUGCGUCAGUGGCGUGUCUGGCAACCUCCUAAGCGCCGUCGUCGACCCCUGCACGGUCACAGUCGGCUCGUCCGGGGCGUUCUACGGCCUCCUAGGCGCGCUUCUCCCGUUCGCAAUCGAGUACUGGGACUACAUCGGCAGCCCGGCCUGGCUCGUGUUCUCGAUCUUAAUGAUGGUGCUUCUCGCGCAUUUCGGCAACAUGAUAGGCCUGAGAAGUGUCGACAACAACGCCCAUCUGGGGGGCUACCUCGGCGGUCUACUUUUUGGCUUCGCUACCAUACGCUCCGUUCACGGGUUUCGGUGGCAGGGCGUGACGGAGCGAAUGGCGUCCUCGUGUCUUUGCUCGUGGAUGUUCCCCUCUGCGAAACGCGAUGAGCUGCAAGGCGCGAAUCGUCAACGCCUGGCGCGAGCUCGACGGCAACGCCACGCAGGCCAGUUGCGUCCUCCGCAGAUCACUUGGAAACUCCGGGGUCAUGAACGGGAGUGGUGUAUCCGCCUGGUCGCAUUCGUAGGCUUGCAGGUUUUCUGGAUUGUCCUUUGGCUCUACCUGCUGGUGCCGUCGUACUACGAGUCGUUGCCGACUCCGCCGGGCAGGUUUUCGUUCUCGGGGCAUGCAGGCUGCCACUGCUGCCGCGUGAAGCCCUUUCCGGGAGAGGAGACCAAGCUGUCUCCACACCAUACGAUUCGCGUCAACGAAGGCGUCUUUUGGUGCUUUACCACCGCCCGCGCGGCGGAUGUCUUCUGCGGCAGGAAGGCGCUGCUCGCAGGGGAGGUGCCUGGCAACACUUUGGAUGCUGAGGCAGAGGCGCCUGUAGACGACCUCAAGGCCAGGCUGGCUGACGGAUCGACAGUGGGCACCAGUGGGAGUGAGGGACAUGACCAGAUGGGAGCGACGACGCCGGGCGCGACGACAGCUGAGAGCUCGCCAGGCGAUUCCGAAGCCCCGAGGGGGAGAGUCACUGCUUUGAUACACAUGUGGGACUCUGCGAGGCGGGCGUACGAGAAUCUGCUCAAAGGCUCGUCUACCGCGGCGCCGACUUCCGCAUCUUCGCCUGAUGCUCCCGUGCCCGCUGUUGACUCCGAGGUGCCAAGGCCGGUGACUCUGCGAGGUGAUACGUCUCAGUCCCCAGAGACCCCAGACGGCAAGCUGAGUGCAGAAGGCGCUGCGACCGCACCCUUUUAG